AUGUUUGCUUGUCUUAGCCUGUUCAAUGAUGGUAGAUUGUUAGCUGAACUACAAGUGAGACUGACUUGGAUUGAUCAAUUUAAGGAGAAACAGUUGCUAGAUGAGUCGCUAGCUUUUCAUUUUCGACAAGUUGAGAAUGGUGAAACCACGGAUUUUGGGCUAAAUGAGAAAGGAGUAUUAUGCUUCCGUGAAAGAGUAUGUAUACUAAGGGGUUCUGAUCUGAGGCAGUCUAUACUGCAAGAGGCGCAUAGUAGUCCAUAUGCUAUGCAUCCAGGCGAAAACAGGUUAUAUCAAGAUCUUCGUAAGUUGUACUGGUGGCCAGGGUUGAAACGCGAAGUUUCUAAGUAUGUGAGCAGUUGGGAGGAGUAUUUGCUAUUGGCAGAGUUUGUUUAUAACAACAGCUACCAGUCCAAUAUUCGAAUGGCACCGUUCCAGGCAUUGUAUGAUCGUAGGUGUUGUACUCCUACUUGUUGGACUGAGCUGGGUGACCGGCGAGUUCUAGGGCCAGAAUUAAUUUUUGAUACAGAAGAUAAGGUGAAACUGAUUCGAGACCGGUUAAAGGAAGCAUCUGAUGGGCAGAAGUCUUAUGCAUACUUGAAGCGUAAAGAGAUCGAGUACUCUGUGGGGGAUUAUGUCUUUCCAAAGGUCUCACCAUAG